CUCCACUUUCCCAUUUAAAAUGCAUCAAAUCCUCCACACCUCAAAACCAACCCUCCACCUUCUCUUUCUUUGUUACACUUCCUCACUCCACUACCCAUUGUUUUUGUGACCCAUAGAAGCCCUAAAAUAAACAAAAAUUAAAUUAAAAAAAACCUUUUCAAAUCCACACUUCUUGUUUUGUUGAAGAACAAUCAAGAAACUGAUAUUCAUUCACAAACACCCUUUUCAUUUCAUGGAGUAAACUUAGGGCUUUCUUUAUUUCCCUUCUUCAAGCUUUAUUCUUUUCACCAAUCUUGAAAUACCCAUUUGGAAUCAUGCAUUCAAACAAGAACCCAAGAAUCUUUAAAGCUAAUUAAGGUUUGUUUGAAUAUAAUUGGAUGAAGGGGGAAUCAUCAUGGGUUAGUCACUUUGUUGAUGACAACAAGGAUUUCGAUUCGUUUUCGGAGGUUGAUGAUGAGGGUACUAAGGACAAUUCACCCGUGGUUUCGGUUGAUGUACUGCUGCCUGAUGAUCUGCUGGAGCGAAUUCUAGCUUAUCUCCCUAUCGCAAGCAUCUUUCGGGCCGGUUGUGUGUGCAAAAGAUGGUAUGAAAUAGUGAAUUCAAGACGGUUUUUAUGGAACAUAUCGCCCCUUACGCCGCAAAAACCGUGGUAUUUCAUGUUCACGAGUUCAGAUGAAGCGAGCGGAUACGCUUACGACACUGUUUCAAGAAAAUGGUACGGGAUCGAGCUCCCGUACAUGAUCAAAACCUCGAGAUGGUUCAUUGCUUCAUCAUGUGGUUUAGUUUGUUUCAUGGAUAAAGAUAGUAGAAGUGAGCUCUAUGUGUGUAAUCUCAUCACCAAAUGCUGUAUUCGACUCAUCGAGCCGCCUGGUUUACGGUUUUGUGACUAUAGUGCCCUCUCGAUCGCGGUUGACCGAGUGUCAGCGAACUAUACGGUGAGCGUGGUGAAAUCUAGACAAGUUCCCGAAAACUACUUCCAGUGGGAUCUCUCGAUCCACACGUACGACUCGGUGACGAUGACAUGGACGGCAACCGUGUCCGAGAUGCUGACGGGGUGGCGAGGUGGUGAUGAGAGCGUGAUAUGCAACGGGGUUUUGUAUUUCUUGAUUUACGCAACCGGGUCGUUUCAAGAAAACCGACACGGGCUCGUGAGUUAUGAUCUUUCGACCCGAUCACCCGUUCGUAACUUGCUGACACGCGGUUUUAUCUCGGUCCCGUGUUCUCUUACUUGCGGGCGGUUAAUGAACCUUAACGGGACUUUAGUGAUGGUGGGCGGGAUCGGGAAACAAGAUCGACAAGAUAUCAUCACAGGGAUCGGGAUUUGGAUUCUUGAAAACACGAAACAAUGGCGAGAAGUGGCCCGAAUGCCACACCGGUUCUUUCAAGGGUUCGGUGAGCUCGACGACGUGUUUGCUAGUAGCGGGACCGAUGAUUUGGUCUACAUUCAGAGUUACGGUGCACCGGCUCUUUUGGUUUUCGAUUUGCAAAAGAAUCAAUGGAAAUGGUCACAAAAAUGCCCCGUUAGUAAACGGUUUCCGCUUCAACUGUUUUCCGGGUUCUGCUUCGAGCCCAGACUUGAUAUCUCACCAUAAUCGUAUCGAACCCAGCCCGGCCCGGCCCGGCCCGGCCCGUUAUCAAAACCGUAAGGAUUUUCUCCAAUUUAAUUACCCUGUUGCAAACUGUGUAUUACACAAAAGACUUAUGAUACAUUUGCUAAAUCUUGUGUGUUUGAUUUUGAAAUGCAUCUUUUUGUCUGUACAAACCUGAUGGGUACUGGGCUAAAAAAGGUUGUACUCUUUGCAUGUAUGGUAGUACACACAAUGUACCAGUGAUUUGGGAUUUUACCCAUAAAAAAAACUGAUUUACCCAGAGAAAAAGUGAAAACCCACCUCAAAGUUGUCACCAUCUUUAAUAUACUUUAUGGUUUUUGAGGUCC